UGUUAUUUACAUGCACACUACGCGUGUUCGCAUGCGCGCUGCUGCCUGCGAUACCUUCCGACCCGGAAGUACACUAAGCACACUCACGCUUGUAGUGUGCGGACCCCUGUUUAGAAGAGAAACAUAUCAGAUAUCAGACAAUAAUGAGUGAAAGAACAUCGAGGAGUCACCUGUUGUAAAGCCCUCUUUUCAUACUGAAAGUUUCAGAUGCAAUAUAACUACAACCGAUACUGAAACUAAGAUUUAUUUUAAAAUCAAAAUUUGUGGAUGUACAAGUAUGUCAGGGCUUAUGUUAAACAUAAUUUGUGAUCCCAGUCAAGGAGGCAAAUCGGAUAAAUCCAAAGGAAAUUACAAACACGAACGUUUCCUUGGAAGGAGACGUUUUCUGGAACGGAAGGGUUUUUUGAAAGACAAACUAAUCAACAAGCAAAAUGAAAAGAACAAUAAGAGAAAGAGAAAAAAGCAGAGGCACACACAGAGCAAUGGGGAGUAUCAAUCAAAACCAGCUGCUAUUUUUCCUCAGUUUACCACCACUCUGCCUGAUAAGACAAAUGAGCCUUCCUGUUCCACACAGACACUUUGUCAGAAACCAACAUCUUCCGUUUCAUCCACUGGCUGUACAUCUCAGGGAAAACAAACUCACAGCGUGGCGCCCGGCACUGUUGGACCUUUAAAAUACUUAGCAAUGGACUGUGAGAUGGUGGGAACAGGACCAAAGGGGAGCAUCAGUGAGCUCGCCCGCUGUAGUAUCGUCUCCUACAACGGUGAUGUAAUUUAUGAUAAAUUCAUCAAACCUAUCAACAUUGUCACAGAUUUCCGUACACGCUGGAGUGGUAUCAGGAAGCAGGACCUACGCAAUGCCACACCCUUCAAUCAGGCACAGAAAGAGAUUGUGAAGAUAAUGACAGGGAAAGUGGUUGUGGGCCAUGCCAUCCAGAAUGACUUCAAGGCCUUAAAAUAUUUCCAUCCUGCCUGCCAAACGCGAGAUACCUCACGGAUUCCACUGCUAAACCAGAAAGCUGGACUGCCUCAGCAUGAAGUUGUGUCUCUGAAGAGGCUCACCAAGGCUCUCUUCAACAAGGACAUACAAACAGGGAAGGGAGGCCACUCAUCCGUGGAAGAUGCCAAAGCCACUAUGGAACUCUACAAAGUAGUGGAGGAAGAAUGGGAGAGAACACUGGUUUUUAAGUCUGUAUGCUAGAAAUGAGCAAUGGAUGUUGCUCUGAAUCAAAAAAAACAAAAAAAACAAAAACCGUAUGAAACAGGACCCUUUUCAUAUCCAUGCAAAUCCAGUUAUUUUUCUAUCUUUUAAUAUUUUAAAAACAAGAAAUUUUACAGUCAAACCUCUCAACUUCAGUGGUUGGGUUUGAAAUCCACUAGGUGGCUCUUCAGUUUCUGUACAACACAAGUGACAAUAUUUUAACUAAUUUUAUUAAACUUUUUACCACUUUUAAUUAAUUCACACAUUAGUUAAUUUGCUAAAAAUGACAUACACUUAGGCUGAAGUCAUUAAAACUCAUUGAACAAUUUGCCAGCUGUUCUCAUGGAUCUCUUUUUGAGUCCCGUUUAGAAACUCAAGCAAAAUUGAGUUUAGAGUGUUUCCAGUAAGUGCCAAGGGGGAAAAAACUCUCCGCCCAUCUUUAUUUCUCAUGUCUGAUGAAGAAGACGAGUCAGCAUUUCUCUACUACAGUGAAUUCAACACCACCACAUGAAUUACAGUUCCUCCUGUAUUUAACUCCAAAUCAACAGGGCCUUAACUGCUAUCCCUGAGAUUAGUCAAAGCUCUUUUUCCUCCAAACCCACUCAAUCAUCAGUCAGUCUGUGUUUAGGAACCUAGUUGCACCACUUUGGAGAUGUUUGAGAAGCAGACAAAUUUUCCUUGCCCACCAUUUUCCCAGGAGUUAAACAAGCUUGUUUUAGACUAAGCUUAAUCUGUGUGUAGUCAACCAGAAAGGUUCGAUCUGAAUGAAGUGGAACACAAACCAGUUCUUGCAUUAGAGUUAAUAGCCUAACCUCUGAGCAUCUUUUUCCGUAUGAAUGUAAGUCAUAAUCCAUCAGAAGAUGUGAAUUCAUAAUGUUUGGUAUCUGCAGGGAUCUGCAAACUUUGUCAUUUUUUAUUUUUCUUACAAUCACUCUGCCAUAUCAAUAUUACGUUUAAUUACAUGACACCACAUCCAAAUAAAACAGAUUUUCAUAAGAUUUUAAUGCUGUUUUACAAUGUUUUCAAAAAAUAAAAUAAAUUCCAUCAAG